GAUUACUGGAGGAUCUCAGUGAGAAAUGGCCAAGCUCCUGACUGUGUUUCUGACACAGCUGCUGUUUGGAACCUUCAGACUGUGUCUCCUUCAGAGUACUUCAUCUGACCUCAUAUCUGUCCAUCCCGGAGAAAACAUCACCCUGCACUGUGACAUCACUGCGAAUUUUGAGAUAUCAUGGUAUCACCAGAGCUCAGAAGAGAUGAAGCUGCUGGUUUCUGCUGGAAAAGACAAACUGAAUAAGUCAUUUUUCCUCAAUCAUGAUGUGAGUGGAGGUCACUAUGAUACAACAGAAAACUUCAAUUUAGUGAUUAUUGGCGUUAAUGAGACUGAUUUGGGGCUGUAUUACUGCGGAGGACGAAAUGGUUCAAAUCCCGUUAAUUUCGGAAAAGCCAUCAGGCUGAACUUUGCAGAUGAUGGAAUUCCUGAGUCUGAAGUACCUGUUAACGUGUCAGAGCGUUCCCGGCUCUCUGCAGGAUGUGGACUCCCCUGGAUUAUGAUUAUAACCCUGAUGUGUGUCUGCAUGUUGUGUGCCCUGAUCAACAUCAUCUGCAUCUGUGUGUUCUGUAGCAGAAUGCAAGGAAAGUCAACUUCAUGCAGCUGCUGCAGUGACACCAGAGAUAAAAAUGCGGAAGGAGACCUGCAGUACAUCAGCCUUAGACAUGAAGUAAAGCCCUCAGCAUCCACUGCGAGAACCUCAGCACCUGCUUCGGACAGUGUGACCUACGCAAAAGUCUCAGUACAGGCCAGAACAAAUUUAUCAGCAUGAGAUGUUCAUAAUCACAAAUGUGUUAUUUAGCAAGGUGGACAAGCUUUACAGAACACUGGUGUGAAUCCCAUUCACAACUCACUUUACAUCAUUAUACUUACAUUUGGAGCUGUUCAUUUCUAAUGAUUUGAAUAUGUGUGAAAGGCCACACUGUUAUGAUAGAGAUGUAGUUUUUCAGGGAUAAACGACUGAUGAAGUAUAAAGUUAACAGCUGGUUUAGAAUUGAUGGUUAGCUAACUCUGCUGGAAAAAACAGCAUAGCUGUUCAUCAGUAAAAACAGGAUAAUUUUAUAGGAAAAGGCAAAAAUAUUCUUAACAUUAUGUGUAAGUUAAUGUGAAGAGGUUUUAUUCCAAUGAUUUUGGAGCAUUUUCAUUGGUCUAUUCAUGGAGACUUUUUUUUGGGACACUGGUGUGUUUUGGAUGCCAGUAUGAUUGUCAACUAGCAUGACCAGGUGAGAUGAUCAGCUAGACCUGCAUCAGACCAGUAUACACCAGUUUAUUCCAGAAUAAACCAGCUUUGUCAGGCACCAGACUAGUAUGAACUAGUUUACACCAACAUAAACAAGCUUAGACCAACACCAGACCAGCCUAAACCAACUUAGACCAACAUCAGACUAGCGCAAAUCAUUUUAGACCAACACUAGACCAGCAUACACCAGUUUAUUCCAGAAUAAACCAGCUUUGUCAAGCACCAGUCUAGACUAGCUUAAACAAUCUUAGAUUAGGUUAGGCUAGCCUUAAUCAACAUAGACCAGGUUGGACCAGUAUUAUACAAGCAUAAACAAGAUUACACCAGUUUAGACCUGGAUAAAUCAAUUUAAACCAUCUAAGACCAGCACCCGACCAGCAUAAGCCAGGACCAGACCAGCAUUAACCGACUUGGACCAUCUUGGACUGGUGACAAACCAGCAUACACCAGAUUAGAUCAGUUUAGACCUGCACUGGACCAGUUUAGACCAGCAUAAACCAGUUUAAACGAGACCAUCUUGAACUAGCAAGUCCUAGCCGGUGUUGUUUUAUCUCCAAAAAGAUCUGCAGAUCAGAGGAAAAUGUUCUGA